CGGAAUCCUCAGAGACUGACAUCGCCACCCCCACUCCCAAAGGCAUACACAAGAAAAGAAACUGUAGGGAAGGCAAAUCAAGAGGCCUUCAACCGCACAGACGUCCAUCAGGAUGCUGGGGCUCCGUGUUCUGCUGCUAAUCGCCCUGCUGGGGAAGUCAGCCACUGGGUUUUCAUUGAUGUCCUUCAUUGCGCCCCCAGACCCAGAUUGGACGCCAGAAGACUAUUACAGCUACGAGCAUUCCAGCCCAGAUGAAGGCCCCAGAGUUGUGCCGACCUCCCCUGAGAACCCGGAUUGGUACUAUGCAGACGAUGAUCCAUGCCAGUCCAACCCCUGUGAACAUGGUGGGAACUGUAUCAUCAGAGGGGACACCUUCCACUGUAGCUGCCCAGCCCCCUUCUCAGGAAGUCGGUGUCAGAACGCCCAGAACAAGUGCAAGGACAACCCGUGUGUCCACGGCGAAUGCCUCAUUACCCAGAAGCCUCCGUACUACCGCUGUGCCUGCAAAUACCCCUACACAGGGCCAGACUGUUCCCAGGUGCUUCCGGCAUGCAAACCAAAUCCCUGCCAGAAUGGUGGUGUCUGCUCCCGUCACAGACGGAGGUCCAGGUUUAGCUGUGCCUGUCCAGACCAGUACAGGGGGAGAUUCUGUGAAAUAGGUCCGGACGACUGUUAUGUCGGUGAUGGCUACUCUUACCGAGGCAAAGUGAGUAGGACAGUCAACCAGAGCCCAUGCCUUUACUGGAAUUCCCACCUCCUCUUGCAGGAGAAUUACAACAUGUUUAUGGAGGACGCUGAGACCCAUGGGAUUGCAGAUCACAACUUUUGCAGAAACCCGGAUGGAGACCACAAGCCCUGGUGCUUUGUUAAGGUUAACAAUGAAAAGGUGAAAUGGGAAUACUGUGACGUCACAGUCUGCCCCACCCCAGUUACUCUUAACCCAGACGGAAGCCUUCUGGAGCCUGUGGUGGAGGUGCCAGGAUUCAGCUCCUGCGGGAAGACAGAGACAGCUGAGCGCGUUGUCAAGCGUAUCUACGGGGGCUUUAAGAGCACAGCGGGCAAGCACCCAUGGCAGGUGUCCCUGCAGACCUCACUGCCGCUGACCACCUCCAUGCCCCAAGGCCACUUCUGUGGGGGUUCCCUGAUUCACCCCUGCUGGGUGCUCACUGCAGCCCACUGUACUGAGAUAAGCACCAGGCAUCUAAAAGUCGUGCUAGGGGACCAGGACCUGAAGAAGACAGAAUCUCAUGAGCAGACCUUUAGGGUGGAAAAAAUACUGAAGUACAGCCAGUACAACGAGAAAGAUGAUAUUCCCCACAAUGACAUCGCUUUGCUCAAGUUAAAGCCAGUGGAUGGUCACUGUGCUCUGGAAUCCAAAUACGUGAAGACCAUAUGUCUGCCCAAUGACCCCUUUCCCUCGGGGACUGAGUGCCACAUCUCUGGCUGGGGAGUAACGGAAACAGGGGAAGGGUCCCGCCAGCUCCUGGAUGCUAAAGUCAAGCUGAUUGCUAACACUUUGUGUAACUCCCGCCGACUCUAUGACAACACCAUCGACGACAGCAUGAUCUGUGCAGGGAACCUCCAGAGGCCGGGAUCAGACACCUGCCAGGGUGACUCUGGGGGCCCUCUGACCUGUGAAAAGGACGGUACUUACUUCGUCUACGGGAUCGUGAGCUGGGGCCAAGAGUGCGGGAAGAAGCCAGGCGUCUACACUCAGGUCACCAAAUUUCUGAAUUGGAUCAAAAACACCAUUCACAAGGAGGCUGGCUUCUGAGCUGCUGUCUUCAGACCCUCGAAGCCCCUCUUCUUUAGCACCAGAAUAAAGGGGCUUCCUGGGCAGCUAGGGAUGUCCUUUUGAUUCCAGAAGACCAUGUAGCUGAAGGGCCAUGCUCUGGACAGAGACACUGCUGCCCGGCCUGGGCCUUUAAAGGGCAGGUAUUUGCACCAUUUCCUGAAGCCCACUCUGCCCCCUCCUUCUGGGAACCAACAAGAACUAUGACUGGUUUUGCUCCCCUUCUGACAAAUACACCUUCUAGAAAAGUGGAAUACACUGAGUGACUGUCUUCACCGUGGACACCACAAAUGUGAGCUUCCUGAAAACCCGUCCCCCCCAGAUGUCACCUCGGCCCACACCAUCAAGGUCCAGCAAAGAACUAGCCAGUCUCAUCCAGGCAUCCAAGAGAAACCCCCAAACACAAGCUCCAUUGUUUGCUUUCAGAGUUGUUGUUUUAAUAAAGGCAGAUGUGAGAAGGAGGAGAGGAUGCCAUUUUUUUAACAGCUCGUGCAGACUGAAGCCACAGGGGCAUGCCUCUGGCAUGCAACCCUCAAUGGCGGCUUCUCUCUCGAGGAUGCAAGUGGAGGCAGCCGGCUCACAUUAGUGGAGUCUUCCUCCUGUUAAUAUGCAGAAUCUCCGAGGCAUCUGGGUUCACCUCCCGGCUCUGAUGAUCUCCAUGCCCCACUUCCUCUGGUCCCCCCUGCAGAAAUCACACACAGCCCCCUUAGUGCACAUGACGCUCCCACAAGCCGUGCUAAGAUGCCCGGCCAACAUCCAACGUGUUCACCUCCCCUUCUUUGUCCUCUCUUCCACCCUGCCCAAGAAAAAGGACCCUCAAGGCAAAGAUGAGAAAGAAGCAAAGCCUGUGUCUCAUUUAGAUGUGGUGUCUCUUUUCUGAACAAAGUGGGGUUCAAAACACAGACUGUUGGAGCCAGCGAGUCCCUGACCCUUUCCGUGCAUGUAACGAGCAAGCACUCAGCACAGCCUGGGCUGCCCUGGCCCGGGAUUGAUGUCGCCCUGGUAGGUUUGCCUCUGCAGAACUAAUGGCUAUGACUUCAGAGGAAGCCUGCGGGAAGUUUAACCCAUGUGUCAUCUGCCCGGUCAUCUCAGACCCAUGAAAUUAGGCGCCUUGUUCAGCUGCCUUUCACGCUUCUUUAGAACUGGCUGACCUUUGCCCAAAAAUAAACUUUGAAAAGCAA